AUGGAUCUUAUACGCGAUGUAAAACAAGUAAAGACUGUAGAAGAUAUUCGACAAUUUUCUCGGCGUCUAAACACAUGCGUAGUUACAUUAAAGAAUCGUCGACGGUAUGACGAGUUGGAAGCCGGUAUGUUGUAUAGUGUGGUUAAGUCAAAAUUAUCUCCAAGCCUACUGGAAACAUACUAUGCGUGGCUUGAUUACCAACAUCAUAGAUCUACUUUGGAAGCCCUACGAGAUUGGCUGUUGGUCUAUUCGAGACAUAAAGUGCAUGCCCAAGAAGAUGUUGAGGGUGUUCUAAAGAAUGAUCGAGAAAGAAGACCGAAUCGUCGCAAUAACACAUACGCGUUAGCACAGAACAACAGAAAAACGACGUCUAUUUGUUUCAAAUGUAACAAGAAACAUUAUAUUUCGAACUGUUAUCGGUUCAAGUCGAUGUCCCUAAAAGCACGUUGGGAAUUUGUUCGAGAAAAGAAGUUAUGUUCUAAAUGCUUGAACUCAGGUCAUCAAAGUGUAAAAUGCGAUAAAGAUGAGACGUGUCCAAUCUCGGAAUGUCACAGUCGACAUCACCCAUUGCUCCACCGAUAUCAGCCCAAAGCGAGGGGAAAGGAUAAUGUUGAACAGUCAACUACCACCGAGCAACAAAAUGAGGAACAGAGACAAAUUCAGAAUGAUCUAAGCAAAACUAAUUCACCCCCUCAAGAAUCCACUCCAUCUACGUCAAUCAGUAAUCACGUAACCGAUGAUGGAUCACAAUUUAUAGCACUUUGA